AGUUGGCUGAGCGUGCCCGAGUACAUUUCCGUUUUCGAACCCGACGUCAACCAUAGUCAAAGUCCGUGUGUUUUGUGUUUCUUUGGAGCCACAAUGAUUUUCGCUAAUUUAACCUUUCGACUGUUGAAAUUGGAGUUGGACUUUUCUACCUAUUAAAGGAAAACAUUGAAAAUCUAAUAAUAUAUAAUCUAGAGAAAAGUAAAAGAAAUAAAUGAAUUGCUGGCUCUGAAAAAUAAAAUAUCAAGAUAAAAAAAAAUAGUAACAUUUCAUUAAACAGUGUAAAGUAAAGUUGAAUAAAAACAAAUACUCUCUUUGUAAAGAGGAAUAAAAACCUGUUGCAAUGGGUAUACAAGAUUUACAAGCAUUUUUGGACAGCAAUGCCAUUCAAGGUGGCUCGGUACCUGUAGACUUACUGAGAAUCGCUCGUAAUGUCGCUCAGAGACAACGUAAUCGUUCUGGAAAGGGACAACAACAGUCACCAUCGUCCAAACUCAGAUUAGUUCUUGAUGGAGAAUGUUGUCUGGACAGAUUGUACGGCGGCUAUUUCUCAGACUGGGCUUGCGGUGGUCAAUGGAACCGGAUGGUACAAUUCCUAGCAGUGUUGACACAAGCUACAGAAAUGUCUGGAGUAGAGUUGGCUGUGUUUUUCAAUGGAUCCUUGGAGUCUCCUCGACGCCUUGAUUGGAUUCAGCAGCAAUUGAAAGUUCGAAUAAAAGUUAACAAUGUUUUGAAACACAUCACGACCAAAGGAACGCCUCCUCCAAAAAUUUGGUGGACACCACCAGUCUGUCUACGGACCAGCCUUCGCAUGGCACUCCGGCACUUGAAUGUUGCAGUGUUGUGCAGCAUGGAUGAUCAUCACCAAGAAGUUAUCGCCUAUUGCCGUGAAAAUUAUUUCAACGGAUUGAUAGCCGAUGAUGCCGAAUAUGCCGCAUUUGAUCCACCGAGGUAUUUUUCGUCGGAACAAUUGAAAUUAACCUACAAGGGUUCCUUGGAAACAAAAGAAUACAUCAUCUCUGAAUUCACAAAGUCGCUCAAUCUGCCAUCAGAGAGACUUUGCAUCUUGACUGCAUUGCUCGGCAAUUAUUUACUUACGGAACAAGAUUUAGCAGACUUUUACAAAAAACUAAACUUGAACACUAACCCAAAUAAAGUAACAGCUGAACAACUAGUCAGAACAGUGGCUAAUUUUGUAAAAGAUUUGCAUUCUGUUGAAUUGGAUGUUGUAGCACAAAAUGUUUUCGGCUCUCUAUCUGACCCAAGAUGUGUUAAACUCAGACAGUCUGUACAGUACUACAUUAACGGAACCAAAGAAGGAUUUUUACAUUAUAAGCCAGUGAAACCAGCUAAAGCUCGCAAGUCCGAAUCUAAGCAAAAUAUACCAGUUCAGAAAAAUAUAGCAGAGGUUCCAUCAACAACCUCUGAAGACGAUGCUAAUUUAGAAACAUCACGUUUCGCCUCAGAGACUUUAGAGAGUGAACGUGACAGCUUGCAAGCGUACAAACAAGCAACAGCGAAUGCCCAAGCUGCUCCGCAAAUCGUAAUUGAACCACCAGGAAUUCAGGGACAUGGAGAUGCUGAUAAUAACCGAACCGACGAGGAACAGAAUAACGGCCAUGCCAUAAAUGGUACUCAUAAUCUACUGAUCAGUUCUUCGAGCUCGAGUAGUAGUUCAACAGCUACAUCUCCGUCGCAUAUUACGAUAGAUUCCACUAAACAGUCUGAAUCAACAACAAGCAUUCCCAGCACUGUUCCGGAAGUUAUGCGUACAGCUUCAGAACGACAUCAGAAAGGACUGAUGUCUCCGCAUAUAUACCAAAUUUUGAUCGCCGGAGAACUAAAAUUGCCAGUUCUGUUAGAGGAUGAAAGUCACAAGGAAUUCCCAUCCAUCCACUUGAUCUACAGACCUGUGAGGCAAAUGGUUUACGCCAUUUUGUUCAAUGUGCACCACCGCAUAUACCUCGCCACAAAGAACAAAGAGAAAGGCGAUGCCGCAGGAAAGAAUAGAAGACCAGGCAAGAAAAAUAACGAAAAAGUGGACGUACCUGACGUCGUGAUCAAAGAAUGGGUGUGGUCAAAAACGAACUGCUACCAGACACCCGAAUUGGUAAAAGCUGAGCAAAUUGGAUGGGGUGUUCCUACAAUACAGCGUUUAUGGUUUGGUACAGGGAUCGACGACAAACGCCGGAGACUUCGAGGAUUCUUAACUUGCCUGAAAUCAGACACACCUCUCAUGUUGAAUCCUUCUUACGUUCCUCAACAUUUGUUGGUCAUGGCUUGUGUUUUGAGGUACGUAAUGUGUUUCAACGACAAGGUCAAAAUACUGCGACGUCAAGAACUUGAUGCAUUCAUCGCACAAGCUUUCUCCCCGGAACUUAUGAAUGCUCAGUACCUCCAAGAUUUACAGCUACCUCUGGUCACAUCUCGUGGAGUUCAACUAGCGACUCUGUUCAUGGCUGGUGUAGAAACUGCAUUACUAGCAAAUGAUGCCUGCGGGGCUCCAAUCCCCUGGCUGAUGUGUUGCCCUUGGCUCUUCUUUGAUGGUAAAUUGUUUCACCACACCCUCGCACGUGCUACAAUUGCCAAAAACCUUUUGGAGCUAUGUGGCGGGGACAUUGCAAGAGUUGUGAAAGUUGAGAGAAUGCGAAAAGCUGUCUUGGAGGGAAUCAACGUUGUCUUUGCUCGCCCCCCACUACCAGUUACCCCCGAUGUUUUUCCAGGCAUUCGGGUGUCAGUCCCACAAAAUAUCCUGCCUGCUGGAUGCACCAUCAGCGAAGGUCUGGUCCGUGGUCGUGGAACUGGGAACAUUGCACAGCGUGGACUGAUGCGACGUCCAGUACCAUCUAGAGGAGGUCAAUUGGAAGUAGCAGGCGUAGUUGUAGGGCAAUGGGGCCCUAAUUAUGGCUCCAUGCCACCAGGCCGUCUGCCACAGCCCAUCCAAGGUCAUACUCGUGGCCGACUUCCACCUCAGGUAACAUCUAUCGGUGGUCUGAAGUAUGGUCUUCCUCGUGGAUUUAACCCAAUGGGUCGACCAACUUUUCCUACUCGCGGAAAUAACAGAAACCAAAUUGGUGGUCGUGGAAAAAAAACCCAAAUGAAGGCAACAAACAAAAAGAGAAAUAACAACAGGAAGAAUAAGGAAAACGAAAAGAAAGAUAGCAGAGGUCGUGGCAUUACCGUUGAGGGCGUGACAGGUGAAUACGUCGGUUCAGUUUUACCUGUGAAUGGCACAAAGGAAACCACUUCAGUACCUGGCCAGUUUGACGAUGCGCCAGAAAAUGGUAAGCCUGUUGAAAAAGGGCAGGGUGAUGCUCCGCUAGUUACAGCGAUUCCAGUUGAAAAUUAAAUUAUACAGAAAAACAAUGCCCCGUAUCAAAUAAUACGAACCUCUCGGAUAUGACUUAAGACUGCAACCAAUCAAUCUAGCUAUAUGUCAGUUGAGCAGCUACAGCAGCUACGUUUGCUAAAUUAUCAAUGAAAUCAGUGGCACGUAUUUUAUUACUGACAUUUGUAUCAUACAUUGUGGAUCACUCACUUUAAAUAUAAAACACCAACUUUAUUAUUAACGAAAUUGAAUUGACAAAUUUCGUCGUAUCUUUCAACUUCAAUCUUUUCCGUAGGCGCUCUAUAACAAUUUCUCAGAAAAGUGUUUUUAAGUUACUUCAAAUAUCAACUCAUACUGGAAAAUUUGUUUCAUAUUUAUAGCAAACUUUAUUGAUGAAGUAGCUGCUCAAAGCAUAUACAGUUCUGGUGGGGCCAAACUAUAAAAUAACAUAGGUAAAGUCACCGAAUGGCGCCUAAAGAAUAAUUGAAAAGGUGCAAAAUUAACCAAUUUUUGACUAAUACUAUACGAUGUCCUCACUGCCAAAUUCACCACACUCUACACAAUAGAAGAAAUGUGGUGGUUGUGCUGACAGGCUCUACCGCUUGCAUUGAUACUACGGAUAAUGGAUAAAACAAAUAAUAAUAAAAAAAAAAACUUGACUGAUUAGUGUACAAUUGCGCUAAUGUGUAUCUAAGAAGAAGAGUCGUCAAACUGCUAUACUAUGUAUUUAGUUGUUAAGAAGCAUGAUUAUUUUUUUUACAAAGAAAAUAUAUAUUUUCCGGUAUUAUAUGAAAUGCUCGCUUCGGAACGUCUUGGCACUCAUUUCCCUGGUAAGGAUGGAGAGGUAAAGUAUUGGCUCAUUCUUAGAGGUCAGAAUGAAUUUCUUAGGCUGCAGGGAAUCGAGGUCCAGGACAACCCUUAGCGUAUGGAGACUGAUGCUUUUCAUAUAAGUAAAAUAUAUAUUUAUACAUAAUUUAGGUUUAGGAUUCCCAUAACGAUGUAAAUUAUACCUAAGGUAUGAGCAUAGAGAAAGCUUGGCAGCGUGCUUGAAUAUUUCGAGAGAAUGAAAAUUACUAAGUAUAUCGUUUAUAUAUUAAUUAUUGAGUUUGUGACGAGGGGACGGCCGGCGAGGGGGAGGGGGGGGGGGGGUGUACAUAAAAGGCGCGGAUAUAAUAUUACAGAUUCACACACGCACACACACACACAAACACACACACACACACACACAGGAAGAAAUAUAUUUAUUAGCUGUUGUACUUGAGACUUUAUGGAUGGGGCUGUUUUGGUUUGAUUGAGAGUUUAAUAUAAGACAGCUUUGAAAUUGGUUGAGAAAUGUCUGAAAAUUAAAUCUGCUGGAGUGAUGUUAUUACGCCCAGCUGACAUGGUAUGACAACCUUUUUUUCGUUCUUUUUUCAACGUGUAGCUUAUCAAGUAGACAUGUAUAGUUGUGAAAUUAUGCCACACAAUAUUAGAUCGCAUGAUGUAUCCUCUAUGAAGUGAGUAACUCUCAAUUAAUUAAUUGGUAUAUAAUUGAUGAGAGAUAGUUGAAAGUAAUGUUAUAUGCUAGUUUUCAAUGACGACGGCUAUGAGAAUAUUAUUCAGGAUCCCUGAAGAAUCAAUUCGGUACGCAUGCGCCUAUGUCUAAUACGAUCAUAAUGUUGUGUUACAGAUUUGACAACGUAAAUUGUAAAUAAAUGUUGGUUAGAUGUAAGAUACAGUGAUUACAGUGAUAGUAUGAAUGAAGAUGUAUAUAAUAAGCAACGCCCAAGUGUGCCAUUAAUGCACCGAGGCUGCUAAAUGAUUGUGUUGAAAAAAAUAUUCUAUUUAUGUGUAGUAUAGUCAAUGAGACUUUCUACAGAAGAUCACAACCAAUUUGUUGAUUAGAAAACCCUUUUGUUUUUUUUUUGUUCUUUUUCUUAUUGUUAUUGUUCGUUUUUACUAAUUACAACAAUCAUGUAAUGUAGUAAAUUUUGCGGGGGGGGGGAGGGGGGGGGCAACAGAACGGUGAAACACGAUUAAAUUGAGUAACUGACAAAUACGAACAAUUAAGGGGGAACGUAUGAGUGAAUACCUUAUGAAAAUGGUAUUUGCUGCAUUUAACAAAAUCCAUUUACUGAGAUAAUAUAACGAGACGUGAUCAGAUGGAAAGGCUAUAUUUUUAUAGAUUUGUUAUUGCAUAAAAAGGCAUUAAGACAAAGAGAAAAAAAAUCUUGUGACACGUAAGGGAAAUAAUGAGUUAAAAUUUACGAUCAUAUCGAGGUUGAAUAAUAUGAUUACUCCAAAUCAUAUUCAGUAUGUUAAAUACAUUUUGGGCAAGAAAUUGCCGGAUUGAUCAAGUUUUAAGUAGCUCGUUGAACAGAUUUUGAACAUUAUUUUCUGUUCCUGAAAAAAUCCACUUUUCACUAGUGUCGCGAAAAUAGCUGCCACUGAUUCAAAAAAUUCAAAUAAUUAAAUCAUUCGCAUCUCAUUGAUAUUGAAUUCCACGUUUUCGUGUGUUUAAUAUUCUUCAAUAUUGUUGGUGUUGUUCAAGACAUAAUGAAACUAAAAUAAAGUAUGAAUAAGUACAGAAAAGGAAAGAACUUUCAACCUAACGUCAGCUAUGAGAACACGAAGGCAGUGUUGAUGAACGUUAAUUCAAUAUUUUAAAUGGGUUACCUUCAAAGAGGCUGCUACUUACAAAAAAAUGUCACUAAAACAAAAGAUAUAAAUACGAUGAAUUAAUAAAUGAAAUCUAUGCCGACAAUACAGAGCACUGUGAACUUUCAAGUCUGAAACGAAAAGUAGGCAUAUACACAUUAUUUACUGAACAUAUAAGUAAUACAUGAUAAUUGUAUUGCAAACGCUACAUUCGUUCUCAGUCUUUGAUCUGUAAAGUAAACGAAAUGUUUGUGAUUUCAAAUGGACCACGCCCUGACAUAUAACAUUGAAUAUAAAUCAUGGAAUUCGAGAUUAAAUGCCACUUUACGCUUUUGUAAAGCUAAAUGAUUAAUUCUCUUUUCGAGAAGUCAACCUCUUGAUAAUAAUAUUAAAUAUAUUAUAUGAUAUAUCGUUGAAAUGAAUUACAUGAAAAAUAAUCAGUUGCUGCUGCACUGAUUUUAGUAUUUACAGCAUCGCAUAAUAAUACACAAUUCAUACAAAGACAAUGUGAAAAAUCAAACUUAACUUAAUAUAUAUAACAUAGAACAGAAAUGUGAGAACAAGACAGCUUGAACAUGAAAAUAAACUAAUAUGGUCUAUGCAAGACAGGUCCUCUCGUAGCGACCUGUAACUGAUUUUCGUUGGAAGUGUAGAAUAGGGGCCCACAAAAAUUGUUUAUGACUUGACAUUAUACUGUGAACAAUACCUCUGUUAUAUUCAUAAGUUAGCUUCUGUGUUGCGUAUUCAAAAAUUUCGCAUCUUAUUGUAAUAUGUGCGAUAUUAAACAUUUCUAUUUGUUGUAAAGCACGUUCAUUGAAAAGAAUAUAAGUGAGUAAAGAACGCCUUCAGCGGGUUCAUUUAUUUAUUUAUUUAUUUUUUUUUUUUUCGAUUAUACACAAACAUAUAAUCAGUUGGGGAUUCUUAGCAGCAAUUUUCCAUAUUACUUUGAGCACAGCAAUUUUACAACUUAUAACAUUGCAAAGGUUGUACUGACCAAUUAAUUUAUCUGCAGUAAAAUUAAUCAAUUUAUUAUUCUUUGUUUCAAAGAAAAUUUUAUUAUUUCAUUUUCAUUUAUGGCUCUUGCCGCUUAUUUUCCUAGAUACAGUGAGGAAAAUUCAAAGUAUGAAAGUAAAAAAAAAACAUUAUCCCUAAAAACUUUCAUUUAUUAGAUAUACCUUUAUAUAUUUUAAAUGCUUAUUUAUUCAGCAGAAAAAAAUCUUAAUUGAAAUAUUUUUCAUUUCUGCACAUAUCUUAGGUACUCACAAAAGGAUGUGCAUUACAAUAUUGAAUUUUUUCAUUACGUAUUCUUUUGUUGCAUUAUCUAUGAAUUGAGUAAUGAAGGUGCGACUCUAAAUAUUAUCAAUAAUGUGGUAUGUGGUUUUUAA